AGCUCUACUGCCAAGAUGGCCAAUGUGCCUAAAACCCGAAGGACUUUCUGUAAGGAGUGUGGAAAGCAUCAGCCUCACAAAGUGACCCAGUGUAAGAAGGGGAAGGAUUCCCUGUACGCCCAGGGAAAGAGGCGCUAUGACAGGAAGCAGAGUGGCUACGGUGGCAGACAAAGCCGAUUUUCCCGAAAAGAAGCUAAAACCACAAAGAAGACUGUGCUGAGGCUUGAAUGUGUAGAGCCUAUGUGCAGAUCAGAGGGGAUGCUGGCCAUUAAGAGAUGCAAGCAUUUUGAACUGGGAGGAGAUAAGAAGAGAAAGGGCCAAGGGAUCCAGUUCUAAGCUUUUAUUUUUGAGAGGAAAAUGUUAAAGCUGUAGAAAAAUUACCUGUAUGAAAAUAAAUGCAGUGAUAUUCUUA